UUGACCGCGAGGGCCGCCGCUUCCAGGACAAGUGGAAAUUUGAGUAUUUUUUCACUGAAAUAUGAAACAACUGUGUUUGCCUAAUUUGCCAAGAGACUGUGGCUGUUUUCAAGGAAUUCAACAUCAAGAGGCACUACCAGACGAAACAUGCUAGCUACGACAAGCUAACUGUGAACAAACGCGGUGAAAAAGUGAAGCAACUGGAAGCUGUUUUAACGGCACAGCAAAGCUUUUUCACAAGAGUCCGUGAGUCAAAUGAAAAUGCCACAAAGGCAAGCUACGAAGUGGCAACGCUGAUUGCAAAGCACUGCAAACCUUUCACUGAGGGUGAAUUUAUUAAAGACUGUGUAAUGAAAAUGGUUGAGAAAAUUUGUCCCGCGAAGAAGCAAGAGUUUGCCAAUAUUUGCCUGGCUCGUAAUACUGUGGUACGGAGAAUUGAAGACGUUUCAUUAGAUAUUAAGAGACAGUUAGAGGCAAAAGGAACUGAGUUUGACUUUUUCUCGUUAGCGUGCGAUGAAAGCACGGAUGCGUCUGACACCGCUCAGUUACUGAUCUUUUUAAGAGGAGUGGACAAUGACAUGAACAUGACAUGAAACUACAGUGGAAUAAAGUCACCGGGAUUAUUACGGACGGUGCACCUGCCAUGGCUGGCGAGCGGAGUGGAUUAUCAAGCCUUGUCUGUAACAAAGUCAGCGAAGAAGGAGGCAGCGCUAUUAAACUCCACUGUAUUAUUCAUCAAGAAGUUCUCUGUGCCAAAUAUAUGAAAUAUGAUAAUGUUAUGAAACCGGUGAUAAAGACUAUUAAUUAUAUUCGCUCCAAAGCGCUGUGCCACCGCCAGUUUCAACAGUUUCUUCUCGACAUCCAGGCUGAAUACGGAGAUGUUUUGUAUCACACCAACGUAAGGUGGCUCAGUCGGGGGUCUGCGCUGCAGCGCUUCUUCUCUCUCAGGGAGGAAAUUGGACAAUUCUUCACUAAAAAGGGACAACCCAUGCCACAAUUAAAUGAUCCUGUUUGGCUGGCUGAUUUGGGAUUUUUAGUUGACAUAACGGGACAUCUGAAUGCGCUGAACACAAGCCUUCAAGGGCAAAAUGCAGUGGUAAGCCAACUGUAUUCACACAUCAAAGCCUUUCGGACCAAGCUGCUACUUUUCCAAAGACACCUGUCACAGGCCCAGCCCAAUACCGCACAUUUCCCGUCGCUGCAGGAAAUUGUGACCAGUUUCCCACAGAUCAAUAUCAGUGCGCAAAUGACAAAGUAUGCAGCAGACAUCUCAUCUCUGGUUGAGGAGUUUCAGCAGCGCUUUCGGGACUUUGCAGCUAUUGAAAAGGAGAUCACGCUUUUUUCCUCUCCUUUCUCCGUGGACCCUGAUGACGCUCCAGACCACCUGCAACUGGAGCUCAUUGAGCUGCAGUGUGACGCCGAGCAUCGCAGUCGGCACCAACAGCUCCCUCUUGUCAACUUCUACCGCCAGCUGGAUGAAGGCAGGUUCCAAGCAAUUCGGACAUUUGCUAAGAAAAUGCUGAGCUUGUUUGGCUCCACAUACAUGUGCGAGAAGACAUUCUCCGUUAUGAACAUUAACAAGAGCCGCAUGAGGACGAGACUGAGUGACUCUCUCACCUGCGUGACGUCUUGCGCAUCAAAACCACUGCUCUUGAGCCAGACAUGGACUACAUACUGCAGUCAAGAUCCCAGUAUCACCCUUCACAUUAGUGCAGGCAAGACCUUUGUUAAGUCCUCUGAGUUGAAUAAAUUCUUAAAUCUCAGUUAAUUAAUUUUUUUGUGAUGGUCAAAAUCACAGUUUGAAUAUGCAGUGAUCAUUGUUUUGUUUUCAGCACUUUUCCUACAGUGAGCAUAUAAUAGUGAAUAAUAUGUAAUGUUUCACAUGAACUUAGAUAUCCUUUAUAGUUUUCUUAAUUUUUUGUGGUUUGUGAUUUCGGUAAAAACCUAAAUGUAAAAAAAAAUGUAAAAGUAAAAGUAUGCCAUUUGUAAUUAAAUUAAAAAAAAUCCCAAAAAGUUAAUUUGUAUUUAAUGUUAAUGGUUCAAAGAAUGUCAGGCUAAAUAGUCGGCCCCCACACAUUUUCACCUUACCAAAUCUGGCCCUCUUUGCAAAAAGUUUGGACACCCCUGGUCUAGAGCCUGUCUCACCUCUUUCCGAAAAGCCACACAACAUUCUUCCUUUCUCAACUUCACCCACCUGAUUCUCUGCUCUACCUUUGUCCUCUUAAUCUUGCUACACACCACCAUACCAUGCUGUUGAGCUACACUCUCCCCUACCACUACUUUACAGUCAAUAACCUUCAGAUUACAUAGUCUGCACAAAAUAUAAUCCACCUGCGUGCUUCUACCUGCGCUCUUGUUGGUCACCUUAUUUUCUUUCCUCUUCUGGGAAAAAAACAUUCACUAGAGCCAUUUCCAUCCUUUUUGCAAAGUCCACCACUUUCUGUCCCUCAAUGUUCCUUUCCUGGAUCCCGUACUUACCCAUCACUUCUUCAUCUCCCGUUCCUUCCUUCACCAACAUGUCCAUUACA